CAUUAUUGUUUACAAUUUUUGUUUUCGUCCAACUGUUGGACUCCAACUUAAGUUUUUUUGUUUAUUUUUUAUUAGCAAAUAUGAGUAUUUCCUACAAAUGGACCUCUUCAUGUAUUCGUAAAUGUUUUAUAGAUUUUUUUGUUAAAAAUCACCAGCAUAAACUGGUACCCAGUAGCUCUGUGAUUUCAUCUGACCCUUCAUUAUUAUUUAAUAAUGCCGGAAUGAACCAAUUCAAAGACAUUUUUAUCGGUAACAUCUCACCUAAUCAUCCAUACAGUGAACUUAGACGUGCUGUUUCUAGUCAAAAAUGUAUUCGCACUGGAGGUAAACACAAUGAUUUAGAUGUUGUAGGCUACGAUUUGACGCACCAUACUUUCUUUGAAAUGCUUGGAAAUUGGUCUUUCAAUAGUUAUUUUAAGAAAGAAGCUUGCACUAUGGCUUUCGAAUUGAUUACCAAAGUUUAUAAGUUGCCUUUAGACAAGCUUAUUAUAACAUAUUUUGCUGGUGACAAGACACUAUCAUUGCCCGCUGAUGAAGAAACGAAAGAAAUUUGGUUGUCACUUGGUUUUCCACAGAAUCGUAUUUUACCUACGAAUGAAAAUUUUUGGGAAAUGGGUGAAUCUGGACCUUGUGGGGUUUGUUCCGAGAUCUAUUUUCAGCUUGAUCCAUCUACAUUUUCUCUUGAAAAAUGUGUUGAGAUUUGGAACAUUGUUUUCAUACAAUAUUACAAAGAUGAAUCCGGGAUUGUAACAAAGUUACCAGCAAAUCAUGUAGAUACUGGGAUGGGUUUGGAACGAAUGGCAUCGAUUUUAAACAAUGUCCCUUCUAGUUAUGACACAGAUCUUUUUCAGCCUCUACUCACAACAAUUUCAACGGUGUGUUGCAUGAAUUGUCGGAUUUUGUGUUGGAUUAUUAAUUUACAAAUUUUAGAAUACAUUAGACGCCCAAAUCUCGGCCUUAUCAAGGAUCUCUACAAGAUAACUCAGACAUAG